AUGCUAAGCUUUAAUGUAAUCUUUUUGAUUCUCUUUCUAUUUUCAUGGCUUCGCUUCGAUCUCGUGCAACUCCGACUUUUCUUGAAAUAUCUAGUUUUAGUUUUAUCCUCGGAAACAGAAUCCAAGCGCGAAGACGAGAUUGUUGGUGAUGGAUCUAACUAUGUGGUUUUUGCCGGAGGCGGUGGCGAAGGUCGAAGUGGAAUCCCUAAUGCGCUCGUCAUCUCCCUCUUUGAUUCCUCUUCCAAUUCCCUUUCGGACCAACCCGUGAACAAGUUUGGGCUUGAUGAUGAGCUUCCAUAUAGAAUGGCUGUUCACCCAGGUGGUGAAGGUGUUAUAUGUUCAUUACCAAAGAGUUGCAGAUGGUUUGAAUGGGAAGCAACCAAGAAAGAUGAUGAGUUUACAUUGAAUCUAAAGCAGUCUGAGAAAGUCCUUUAUGAAUUGGAACAUAUUGGACAACAACUUGCAGUUACUUUUAGUCAUGAUGGUUCUUUACUUGCUGUAGGUGGUGAGGAUGGUAAGCUGAGGGCAUUCAAGUGGCCCAGCAUGGAAGCAACUAUUGAUAUCCCUGAUGCUCAUGGCUCUGUGAAAAAUUUGGAUUUCAGCCCUGAUGGAAAGUUUUUGGUCUCUGUGGGAAGUGGUGGCCCUGGUAGAGUUUGGGACACCUCAUCAUCAACCAAUAAAGCUUCUUUACCAAAAGAGAAUGAUGAAGUUUUUGGGUUUUGCAAGUUUUCACAUGAUAGCUUGAAUAACGAAGUUCUGUAUGUCACUGCAAUGCGAGAUCGAGGAGGAAGUAUUGUUAAGUGGAAUACAACAACAUGGAAGCGAAUAAGCUCAAAGUAUGUUGUGAGAGACCCGAUUUCUGCCUUCAAUGUGUCGGAUGAUGGGAGAUUUCUUGCCAUAGGUACGAUUCAAGGGGACAUAUUUAUAUUGAAUGCUAGUAAUUUGAGGGUGCAGAGUGUAGUGAAGAAAGCACAUCUUGGCCUUGUUACAGCCCUAGCCUUCUCACAGGAUUCAAGAGCCCUGGCGUCUGCAUCUCUUGAUUCAAGUGCAAGGGUCACACAAAUCAAAGAAACAAAAAACAAUGGAUUUAACAUAUGGAUCAUACUGCUAUUCAUUUUACUUGCAGCAGCUUUAUAUUAUGCAAAAACAGAAGGCUAUCUUCUUCUCUAAACAAACAAAGAUUCUCACUUGUAUUGUAAUCCCAACACCAGAACAAAAACUUGGCUCAACAAUUCAAAAAUGUUUUGUGGGUAACUGUACCCAUGCAAUGUAUGUGACUUAAAUUAUAUCAGGAAGAAUUAAUACCAUUUUCAUUCUACUUGCAUAUAUUGUCAUUGUGUAUGUGUAUAGUAUA